AUGACCUGGCCACAGGAGAUCGACCGUAUGGAGCUGUCCAACGGGCGAAGCAUGACCCUUUGCGCGCUUCACCAACUGGUGACCUGCGGCAAGUGCUGUCUGGACUUCAGCCUCAACAACUCGGACGAUGAGCACACCGCCGACGAGGACUUGGGCGUGGCCCCGAACGUUGUCAUCGAGAUUCCCGAGAAGACCAAGCACUCCGGCACCGUGUUCCCCUCCAGAUUCGGCCAGAGGAAGAGGAAGCUCAUGUCGCUCGUUGAAUUCUUCCCCGCCAGCAGCUGCGUCCGGGUUAGACCCAACGUCAAGCGCUUCAUGAAUCGCUACGACAGCUUCGAGUGUCCGAUCUACACGGACGGCGCCUGCUUUGACAACGGCGCCGCCGACGCCCGCAGCUGUUGCGGCAUCUUUUUCAAACUGACCUACUUCAGCGACCAGAGUGGCAGUGUCGCUUUCACGCUCGAGGACCGCGACCCGGAUGGCAAAGUCUACCGUCACACGAGCAACCGCGCCGAGCUGCGCGCUGUCAUCGCGGCGCUUCGUUACCGGGUGUGGCAGAGCGAGGGGUUCAGGAACGUCGUCAUCGCCACGGAUUCGACCUACGUCGUCCACGGCGCGACGGUUUGGGCCCCCGCUUGGAUCAGGAAGGGCUGGCACUUGUCGACUGGCGAGCCCGUCAAGAACCGCGACCUCUGGGAGUCCCUCUUGCUCGAGGCCGAGAAGCUGCACGACAGCGGCAUGACCAUGCACUUCUGGAGGAUCCCCCAGGAGUGGAACCACGAAGCCGACAGCGCCGCCAAGGACGCGGCAGAGAACGACCCGCCCGUCGACAAGUUCGUCCAUGCGAUUGGCAUCGGCACCAGGUUUAUGUGA